UUCAUCUUUAUCAUACAUUUUCACUUCGGAAAUCGAAGUCAUCGCUGCGACCGCUACUCCAAGAGUUUUUGCCUCGUGUACAAUAACCUCCUCUACCACCAUCGUCUGCUCCUUUUACUCGUCAUCUGUCUUUUCCUCAUACUCCUCUGCCAGUCUUUUAUCUUUAUCAUGCCUGCCGAAUCUGCUCUUGCGCUCACUGUCACUUUCAUACGCGGCGCCCACAUUCUUCUCUCCGUCAACCAUAUCCUCGAGCUCAUCCUUGACGAUGCCCGCAUGAUCUUGAGAAUCAAGGCCACUGACCCUGUCCUCACCACUGCAUUGCACAAAUCCGCAAUCUCGUCGCAAUUCAUGAUCACAUCCCCGUCCUCGUCGCACUCUAUGACCUCGUGUCUAUGGCAUUGCCAUAUAUAAGUAUCGACAUCUUGUCUUUUGGGAUGAUAUAAGCUGUUGAUCCCGCCAGCGAUGGCUCCGAAUAGCACGAUUGGCUGCAUUCCAGAUGCAUUGAUUGCCAAUACUUUCG